AUGGGGGUUACAGGGCUGCGGGUGCCUGGAGGCUGGCACCCAGGAGCUGCUGCCCAGCGCUGGCACUGGCACCCAGGAGCUGCUGCCUGGAGCUGGCACCCAGGAAGUUGCUGCCCAGAGCUGGCACUGCCGCUGAGGAGCUGCUUACUACCCCUGGGACUGGCACUGAGGAGCUCCUGCCCAUUGCUGAGGCUGCCACUGAGGAACUGCUGCCCAUGGCUGGCCCCACCGAGCUGCUGCCCACCCCUAGGGCUGGCACUGCCACCGCAGAGCUGCUGCCCACCCCUGGGGCUGGCACCAAGGAGCUGCUGCCCAGCGCUGAGACUGGCACUGGAGGAGCUGCUGCCCACCCCCGGAGCUGGCCCUGGCACCGAGGAGCGCUGCCGGCGCCGCCGGGUGCGCUUCACGCACGGGGCGCCGCCGCGGCUGAGCCUGGCACUGCCCGGGCAGUACGAGCUGGUGCAGCCGCUGGUGGCACACAGCGGGCACUGGGACACCAUCCCCGAGCAGGACCUGCAGGUGCCAGGGGACGCCGAGGAUCCCGCACAGAGGGUGGCAGAGCUGGAGGUGGUGCUGCCCUGCGCGCUGCUCAAGGAAGUGGACAUCGUGGUGGCUCCAUGCCGAGGCUUCCAGUCAGCUGAGUCCACCCUGGCCGAGUUUGUGGACCAGGUGCUGCCCGUUGUCACCUUCGCCAUCAGCGAGCCCCAGCUGUCCCCGUCGGACCAGGCAGAACUUCGGGAAAUCAAACAGAAAUUCUCCCUCCCCAUCUUCUUCCUGCGAAUCCCCGAGGCCGGCAGCGAGCUGAGCUCUCCCAAAAACCCCUCCAAGGACAAGAAAUCCCCUCUGCACCUGCAGCUGCUGGAUCUGGAAUACCUGAGCCCCUCCAGCCCCUGCGGCUGCGGCGUUCCCGGCUCCUCCAUGCUGGUGGAGCAGCUGGAGAAGCUGAGGCUGCUGAGCUCUUUCUCCAGGCAGGUGCUGCAGCAGCACCUGGUGGAGGCAGCCACGAGGCUGAGCGAGGUUCACGGGCGCUGCCUCAACAUCUUCAUCAACCAGGCCUUCGACAUGCAGAGGGACCUGCAGAUCACCCCCAAGAGGUUGGAGUACACGCGCAGGAAGGAGAACGAGCUCUACGAGUCGCUGAUGGGCAUCGCCAACCGCAAGCAGGAGGAGAUGAAGGAGAUGAUCGUGGACACCCUGGGCAAUAUGAAGGAGGAGCUGCUGGAGGAUGCUGCCAGCAUGGAGUUCAGAGACAUCAUCAUCCCCGAGAGCGGCGAGCCCGUCAGCUCCAAGGACAUCAAGCGCUGCAUCCAGCAGAUCCAGGAGCUGAUCAUCUCCAGGCUCAACCAGGCUGUGGCCAACAAACUGAUCAGCUCCGUGGAUUACCUGCGGGAGAGCUUCGUGGGCACCCUGGAGCGCUGCCUCAAGAGCCUGGAGGAGUCCUGGGAGGGCUCCGUGCACCCGCCCCGGGGGCUGGAGAAACCCAGGGAUGGAUCCGUGCACAUCACCAGCAACUAUCUCAAACAGAUCCUGAAUGCAGCCUAUCACGUGGAGGUCACAUUCCACUCGGGCUCAACGGUGACCAGGAUGUUGUGGGAGCAGAUCAAACAGAUAAUCCAGCGGAUCACGUGGGUCAGCCCCCCGGCCAUCACCGGCGAGUGGAAGAGGAAGGUGGCCCAGGACGCCAUCGAGAGCCUCAGCGCCUCCAAGCUGGCCAAGAGCAUCUGCAGCCAGUUCCGCACGCGCCUCAACAGCUCCCACGAGGCCUUCGCCGCCUCCCUGCGCCAGCUGGAGGACGGCCACUCGGGCCGGCUGGAGCGCACCGAGGACCUGUGGCUGAGGGUGAGGAAGGAGCACGCGCCCCGGCUGGCCCGGCUCUCCCUGGAGAGCAGAUCCCUGCAGGACGUGCUGCUGCACGGGAAGCCCAAGCUGGGCAGGGAGCUGGGCCGAGGCCAGUACGGGGUGGUGUACCUGUGUGACAGCUGGGGGGGACACUUCCCCUGCGCCCUCAAAUCCGUCGUCCCUCCGGAUGAGAAGCACUGGAACGACCUGGCACUGGAAUUUCACUACAUGAGGUCCCUGCAGUCCCACGAGAGGCUGGUGCACCUGCAUGGCUCCGUUAUUGAUUAUGGCUAUGGAGGAGGCUCCAGCAUUGCUGUGCUGCUGAUCAUGGAGAGGCUGCACAGGGACCUCUACACGGGGCUGAAGGCUGGGCUGGAAUUGGAGCCACGGUUGCAGAUUGCGCUGGAUGUGGUGGAAGGGAUCCGGUACCUGCACAGCCAGGGCUUGGUGCACAGGGACAUCAAACUCAAAAACGUCCUGCUGGACAAAAAGAAUAGGGCCAAAAUCACAGAUCUGGGGUUCUGCAAACCCGAGGCCAUGAUGUCUGGCAGCAUCGUGGGCACCCCCAUCCACAUGGCUCCCGAGCUCUUCACAGGGAAAUACGACAAUUCCGUGGACGUUUAUGCCUUUGGGAUCCUGUUCUGGUACCUCUGCUCGGGCCACGUGAAGUUACCUGAGGCUUUUGAGAGGUGUGCAAGCAAAGAUCACCUGUGGAACAACGUCAGGAGAGGGGUGCGCCCGGAGCGGCUGCCGGUGUUUGACGAGGAAUGCUGGCAGCUGAUGGAAGCCUGCUGGGACGGGGACUCCUCGCAGCGGCCCCUGCUGGGGAUCGUGCAGCCCAUGCUGCAGGGAAUCAUGGACAGGCUCUGCCGGCCGCCCUCCGAGCAUCCCCACAAAGGCCUGGAUGACUCCACCUGAGCGGGAAUCGCCGCAGGAUUUCGGGAAUUGAGGCGGGAUUUGGGCAAUUCCAGCCCCGCCCCUGCCGCCGAGCUGCGGGGACACCGAGGAGCUCCAGGGGUGACAGCUCCAUCCCA